AGAAUGAUGUCUCCUACCUGCCUGGCUGGGAUGCUGAUCCCAGCCAUGGCCUUCCUCUCCUGCCUGAGACCCGAGAGCUGGGAGCCUUGUGUGCAGGUGGUUCCUAACAUUACUUACAAAUGCAUGGAGCUGAAUCUCGACAAAAUCCCCAACAACAUCCCCACAUCAACCAAGAAACUGGACCUGAGCUUUAACCCCCUGAGGCAUUUAGGCAGCCAUAGCUUCUCCAGCUUCCCAGAACUGCAGGUGUUGGAUUUAUCCAGGUGUGAAAUUCGGAUAAUUGACGAUGAUGCAUAUCAGGGCCUAAACCACCUCUCCAUCUUGAUAUUGACAGGAAACCCUAUCCAGAGGUUAUUCCCAGGAGCCUUUUUUGGACUCUCAAGUUUACAGAAACUGGUGGCCGUGGAGACAAACCUACAAUCUCUAGAGGACUUCCCCAUUGGACAUCUCAAAACUUUGAAGGAGCUUAAUGUGGCUCACAAUCUUAUCCAUUCCUUCAAGUUACCUGAAUAUUUUUCUAACAUGCCCAACCUGGAGUACUUGGAUCUUUCCAAUAACAAGAUCCAAAAUAUUUAUCAUGAAGACUUGCAGGUUCUACAUCAAAUGCCUCUUCUCAACCUUUCUUUAGACUUGUCCCUGAACCCUUUAUACUUUAUCCAACCAGGUGCCUUUAAAGAAAUUAAACUCCGUGAACUGACUUUGAGAAGUAAUUUUAAUAGUACAGAUGUAAUGAAAACUUGUAUUCAAGGUCUGGCUGGUUUAAAGAUCCAUCAGUUGGUUCUGGGAGAAUUUAAAAAUGAAAGGAACUUGGAAAGCUUUGACAAAUCUCUCCUGGAGGGACUGUGCAAUUUGACAAUUGAAAAAUUCCGGAUAGCAUACUUUGAUGAUUUUUCAGAGGAUACUACUGACUUAUUUAAUUGUUUGGUAAAUGUUUCUACAAUUUCUCUGGUGCAUCUGUCUUUAAAGAGGCCAAAAUACCUUCCUAAAAAUCUCAGAUGGCGACGGUUGGAAAUGGUUAACUGUGGAUUUGAAGAAUUUCCCACAUGGGAGCUGGACUCUCUCAAGGAGUUUGUUCUCACUGACAACAAAGGCGUGAGCCCUUUUACUGAGAUGAAGCUAGAAAGCCUCGAGUUUCUAGAUCUCAGUAGAAAUGGCCUGAGUUUCAAGGGUUGCUGUUCUCACUCUGAAUUGGGGACAAGCAGACUGAAGCAUUUAGAUCUGAGCUUCAAUGAUAUUAUUACCAUGAGUUCAAACUUCUUGGGCUUAGAACAACUAGAAUAUUUAGAUUUCCAGCGUUCCAAUUUGAAACAGGCCAGUGAUUUUUCAGUAUUCCUAUCUCUCAGAAACCUCCGUUACCUUGAUAUUUCUUAUACUCACACCCAAGUUGUCUUCCAGGGCAUCUUUGAUGGCUUGGUCAGCCUCCAAGUCUUGAAAAUGGCUGGCAAUUCUUUUCAGAACAACUUCCUUCCAAAUAUUUUCAAAGACCUGACCAACUUGACCAUUCUAGACCUCUCUAGGUGUCAGCUGGAACAGGUAUCCCCGGUGGCAUUUGGCUCACUUCCUAAACUUCAGUUGAUAAAUAUGAGUCAUAACAACCUCUUGUCAUUGGAUACACUCCCUUAUGAACCUCUCCUCUCCCUCCAAAUUCUGGAUUGCAGUUUUAACCGAAUAGUGGCCUCCAAGGAGCGAGAAUGGCAGCGUUUUCCAAGUAAUCUAGUUUCCUUAAAUCUUACUCAGAAUGACUUUGCUUGUGUUUGUGAACACCAGAAUUUCCUGCAGUGGGUCAAGGACCACAGGCAGCUCUUGGUGGAAACUGAACAAAUGGUGUGUGCAAAACCUUUGGACAUGCAGGGCAUGCCCAUGUUGAGUUUUAGGAAUGCCACCUGUCAGAGGAGCAAGACUAUCAUUAGUGUGUCAGUGUUCACUGUGCUCACGGUUUCUCUGGUAGCAGUUUUGGUGUAUAAGUUCUAUUUCCACCUGAUGCUUCUUGCUGGCUGCAAAAAGUACAACAGAGGCGAAAGCACCUAUGAUGCCUUCGUUAUCUACUCAAGCCAGGAUGAAGACUGGGUGAGGAAUGAACUGGUAAAGAACUUGGAGGAGGGGGUACCCCCUUUUCAGCUCUGCCUUCACUACAGAGACUUUAUUCCUGGGGUGGCCAUAGCUGCCAACAUCAUCCAGGAAGGUUUCUACAAAAGUCGGAAAGUUAUUGUCGUGGUGUCCCAACACUUCAUCCAGAGUCGGUGGUGCAUCUUUGAGUAUGAGAUUGCCCAGACCUGGCAGUUUCUUAGCAGUCGUGCCGGCAUCAUCUUCAUUGUCCUGCAGAAGGUGGAGAAGUCCCUACUGCGGCAGCAGGUGGAACUGUAUCGCCUUCUCAGCAGGAACACUUACCUGGAGUGGGAAGACAGUGUCCUGGGACGGCACAUCUUCUGGAGACGACUCCGAAAAGCCUUGCUGGAUGGUAAACCGUGGAGUCCAGAAGGAAUGGCAGAUGCAGAAAACAGCUAACAUGAAACAGUAACCUCUGCCUGGGGAGGAAAAGCUCCCGUGGUGCUCCUUGCCCAGAUGGACCCCGUACUUGUUCAGUUAACGAGUAUUAAAUGCUGCGACAUACCUGG